GAGUGCGCGGCGGGCGGCGGCGGCUGCCGGGGAGGCCCGGGAGGCCGCGGCGCGGUCACUGCGAGCCGAGCCGAGCCGCGCCGCGCCGCGCCGCGCCGAUCGCCAUCCGGCCCCGGAUCUUGAGCGCGACCCCGGCCGGCGGCGCGGCCCGGUGGGCCCGGCGGCGCUGCAGCCCAUGGAGCUCGAGAACAUCGUAGCGAACACGGUGCUACUCAAGGCCCGGGAAGGUGGUGGUGGAAAUCGCAAAGGCAAGAGCAAGAAAUGGCGGCAGAUGCUUCAGUUCCCCCACAUCAGCCAGUGUGAAGAGCUGCGACUCAGCCUCGAACGUGACUACCACAGCCUGUGUGAGCGGCAGCCCAUCGGGCGCCUGCUGUUCCGUGAGUUCUGCGCCACAAGGCCUGAGCUGACCCGCUGCACUGCCUUCCUGGAUGGGGUGGCUGAGUACGAAGUGACCCCUGACGAGAAGCGGAAGGCAUGUGGGCGGCGGCUAAUACAGAAUUUUCUGAGCCACACGGGUCCUGACCUCAUCCCUGAGGUUCCCCGGCAGCUGGUUACUAACUGCGCCCAGCGGCUGGAGCAGGGGCCCUGCAAAGACCUCUUCCAGGAGCUGACCCGGCUGACCCAUGAAUAUCUGAGCAUGGCCCCUUUCGCCGACUACCUCGACAGCAUCUACUUCAACCGAUUCCUGCAGUGGAAGUGGCUGGAAAGGCAGCCAGUGACCAAAAACACCUUCAGGCAGUACCGAGUCCUGGGCAAAGGUGGCUUCGGGGAGGUAUGUGCUUGCCAGGUGCGUGCAACAGGCAAGAUGUAUGCCUGUAAGAAGCUGGAGAAGAAGCGGAUCAAGAAGCGGAAAGGGGAGGCCAUGGCACUAAAUGAGAAGCAGAUCCUGGAGAAAGUGAACAGUAGGUUUGUAGUGAGCUUAGCCUAUGCCUAUGAGACCAAGGAUGCACUGUGCCUUGUGCUGACACUGAUGAAUGGAGGUGACCUCAAGUUCCACAUCUACCACAUGGGCCAGGCUGGCUUUCCUGAAGCACGAGCUGUCUUCUACGCUGCUGAGAUCUGCUGUGGCCUAGAGGACCUGCACCGUGAGCGUAUUGUAUACAGGGACCUGAAGCCAGAGAACAUCCUACUGGAUGAUCACGGCCACAUCCGCAUCUCUGACCUGGGACUGGCUGUGCAUGUACCAGAGGGCCAGACCAUCAAAGGCCGUGUAGGCACUGUGGGCUACAUGGGUCACCGUCAAGUUGAUGGUGCCUGCGUGGACAGUGGGUAUUUCAGUUGGUCCUCCAAUUUCGUGUGCUGGGCAUUCCUGGGGCCUGAAGCCUCCAUUCCCUGCCACCUACCCAGUUCUGGCUCCUGUGCCCCUUGCCCAGCUCCAGAGGUGGUAAAGAAUGAGCGGUACACAUUCAGCCCUGACUGGUGGGCAUUAGGCUGCCUCCUGUAUGAGAUGAUCGCAGGCCAGUCACCCUUCCAGCAAAGGAAAAAGAAGAUCAAGCGGGAGGAAGUGGAGCGACUGGUGAAGGAAGUGCCUGAGGAAUAUUCGGAGCGCUUUUCCCCACAGGCCCGCUCACUGUGCUCCCAGCUUCUCUGCAAAGACCCUGCGGAGCGCCUAGGGUGUCGUGGGGGUGGCGCUCGAGAGGUGAAGGAGCACCCUCUUUUCAAGAAACUGAACUUCAAGCGGCUGGGAGCUGGCAUGCUGGAACCACCCUUUAAGCCUGAUCCCCAGGCUAUUUAUUGCAAGGAUGUUCUGGACAUUGAACAGUUCUCCACAGUUAAAGGUGUGGAGUUGGAACCCACCGACCAGGAUUUCUACCAGAAGUUUGCCACUGGCAGUGUGCCCAUCCCUUGGCAGAAUGAGAUGGUGGAGACUGAGUGCUUCCAGGAGCUGAAUGUUUUUGGGCUGGAUGGGUCGGUUCCUCCAGACCUGGACUGGAAAGGCCAGCCACCUGCACCCCCCAAGAAAGGACUGCUGCAGAGACUCUUCAGUCGCCAGGAUUGCUGUGGGAACUGCAGCGACAGUGAGGAAGAGCUCCCCACCCGCCUCUAGUCCCCAGCCUGAGGCCCCCAGCGGUGAUUGGCGGUAGCAGCUACUCUGAAUGCUGUUUACAGUUUUGCACAGUGGGCUUCCCCAUUAUCCACUCAAGUCGUGGCCAGGGGAACACAGUCGGAGCUGUCCCCAGUGUCCUCUGCCCUUCAGCCCCUGGCCUGACUGAGUUUGGCAAGGACUGGGCUGUCCCUGGGACAAAGGUGCGUCCCUUCAGCUCUUCUCCAGAGCUCGGGGCUUUCUGUAUUUAUGUAUUUGUACGAGUGUAUAUAGCAACCAGAGCGUUCUUAAUUCCCACCCUAGACCGGCCUGGCCUCAGCUCCCCUGUGCAGCCAGCCCUGAUCAGGAGAGUUGGGAGCUGGUAGAGGAGCCACUGCCAAACUCGAGGCCUCUUGGGCCCAGCUCAGAUCGGCUGAGGCUGGGCCAGGCCACACCCUUGAGUCCCCAGCACUGCACUGGCCACCACCAACCUCCAAAUGACAGUUGUGCCUGCCCCCGCUGUCCUGGGCUCAGGCCACCAUCGUCUAGGGCCCAAUACUGUCCCUUUUCAGCACUUAUUAGAGCUGGAUCUGGGGCUUCAGUGUCCCCUAGGCCCAUGCCAAAGUGUGACUAGAGAUUGACCAUGAGACCCAUCAGUCCACUGCCCAAGUUGUCCCAGAUGGGUCUUUCUCUGCCUUCCAGCUCCCAGGGCAUUUUGUCUCUUAUGCUGGGCCCUGUCCUGAAGACACCUCUUCAGAAAUGCCCCAGCUCAGACCCGAGGAGGGUGUGGGGGUGUCCCUGGCCAAACCUCCAGCAUUCCAGAAUCCCCUCAUAACAAUAGACUCACGUGCCCAGCAAUAAUCCACCCUCCCUGUGUGUGCCCAUGGGGAGCAUGCGCGCGCGCACGUGUGUGUGUGUGUGUGUGUGUGUGUGUGUGUGUGUGUAUGAGAGAGAGAGAGAGAGAGAGAGAAGGGGGCAAGGUAAGGCUGUGCCUGUGCCUCAGGUCCUAGCCCUGAUCCUUCCCAGACUGUGAUAGGGUAACAUGGGAUUACAGGUCCCUCGGGUUUUCCAUAUUUAAAGCCAAUUUUUAUUACUCAUUUUGUCCAAUGUAAGCUGCCACGUGUCUCUGUGUGAAUACAGUCUGAGCACAAACCUA